AUGUUUACGCAGUUGCAAAGUGGUAAUGUUUUCAGUGUGCUCGGAAUUCGCUGGUCGCCUUUUAAUAUUAGGACGGGCUUCUGUAAUAUACUCAGACGUAGAUAUGUGGUUUCAAACAAACGAAAUAAUAACAUACUCGAAGAAUAUCGAGAUGACAUCCUAAAAACAUAUCAAAUUCCUGGAAAAUACCUGAAAUUUAUAAAAAAGAAUAGACGGCAAUUGAAGAAGGAAGCUUAUUUUACAGCUAACUAUGGUAGCGAGUCGAUCAAAAGAGUUAGCGCACGCAAAUACCGAGGGGAAGAUGUUUUCAAAUCCAAAGAUCAUCGCCAAUCUGAAUCACAACGCGAUUUAUCUCCUCAACAACAAAACCUCAUAAAUCGUGUCCAACGCGCCUUGGUAAAGUCUCAGCUCGCAUUACCACAUGCGUAUCUUGGUUCACCAUUUGUAAAGAUAGUAAACGUUAGCGUGACACCUAAUCUUCGCACUGCACAAGUUUGGUGGAAAGCGGAAUCACAAGGAACGGUAACUACGCUAGAUAUCGAGCAUAAAAUGAGGGAACAUGUCGCAUCACUUCGAAAUAUUGUACAGCAACAGAUCAAAGUGAAAAAGCCACCAAAAAUUGUAUUCUUGAGGGGGGAUUUGGCUGUCGGCGAUAUAGGCAAAAUCUUGGACAAGUUGGAAGCCGAAUUAAAAACUUUAGAUGCAAAUCAUCCUCUUGACGAGAACAGUCUAUUAAAUAAAAGUCCGGAUUAA